GGUCAGUGAGGGAUCUCUGUGAGAAUGUGGCCUUCACACGGAACUUUCUCUAUCCUACCAUCUAAGGCUGCAUAUUUUCAUAGCUCCUCUGCCACCAUGAAGGAGGUCGUCCUUGUUUUGGUCAUCUCCGUGUGGGCUGCCUUUGCAGUUGAUUUCCCUCUUCCUACAGGCGCAGGAGCUCGCCUCCAAGAGACAAAAGUGAAGUGCAGUGAGAAUAUAAAUAAGUGCUGGAUUUUCUCUUACAUCAAGCCAAGUGAACCCAUAUGUGGCAGUGACCAGGUGACUUACAGCAGUGAAUGCCAUCUCUGCUCCGAAAUUCUGAGUGAGAUGACCUCGAUCUUGCGAAGCCCUCAGGCUCUCCAGCUUACUCUGGCCCUGAUCAAGCCUGAUGCUGUUGCUCACCCCCUGAUUCUGGAGGCUGUUCAUCAGCAGAUUCUGAGCAACAAGUUCCUUAUUGUACGAAUGAAAGAACUUCUGUGGAGAAAAGAAGAAUGCCAGAAGUUUUACCAAGAGCAUGAAGGGCGUUUUUUCUAUCAGCGGCUGGUGGAGUACAUGGCCAGCGGACCAAUCCGAGCCUACAUCCUUGCCCGCAAGGAUGCCAUCCAGCUCUGGAGGACCCUGAUGGGACCCACUAGAGUGUUUCGAGCACGUCAUGUGGCUCCAGAUUCAAUUCGUGGAAGUUUCGGCCUCACUGACACCCGCAACACGACCCAUGGCUCUGACUCUGUGAUUUCCGCCAGCAGAGAGAUUGCAGCCUUCUUUCCUGACUUCAGUGAACAGCGCUGGUAUGAGGAAGAGGAGCCCCAGCUGCGCUGUGGCCCUGUGCACUACAGUCCAGAGGGAGGCAUCCACUGUGUAGCUGGACCAGGAGGCCCAGGACCAGCCUGAUGCAAGCCUGUUGGUCUGCGAAGACUGGCUGCACUGCCCAGCCUUUUCUCAGAGACCUAGGACCAGGGAGGCCUGGGGAUCGUAGCGCCAUCUUUGCUGGGCACCACACAUACCUGAGGAUCUAGCUCCUCACUUCCACCUGCUCUAGAAUCUAGCUAUCUACCUCUUUUCCAGAACGUUCAUGGGUGGUUCAGAGCAGUAAUGGCUCCUCUUUUCUCUAAGAACUAUUCAUCCUUUUCAAGGAGGAGUUUGCCUAAUUGACUUGCCUGAAAAAUGCAGUGACUAUAAGCACCAUUUGGCCUGUCUUCCUCAAUAAAAAUCAGUGUUCUACUGAAUCUUCAAGACUAGGAGCACUAUUCUAGGUGCUUUCUCUCUUUCUCCUUAAGUGGAAUAAUUAAACCUGUCCUGGGAAUGCCUGGGUGGUUCAGUCUGUUAAGCAUCAGACUCUUGAUUUUAGCUCAGGUCAUGAUUGAUUGGGUCGUGGGAUUGAAUCCUGCAUCAGGCUCUGUGCUUAGUGCAGUCUGCUUGAGAUUCUUUCUCUCCUCCAUCUGCCACCCCUCUUGCUCUCUCUCUCUCAAAUAAAUUUAAGAAAAAAACUG